ACCUCAGCCUUGCGGUACCGACCGUCGCUCCACCAGCGUCAUGUCCCCCGUGGUAUGCAUCGAUGACCUGGAGCGGUCGGCCCUGGCCCGCCUGGACCAGAACGCCCGGGGCUUCUACAGCAGCGGGGCCGACGGAGAGCAGACGCUGAGGGACAACAUCGCAGCGUUCCAACGGUACCGCCUGCGUCCACGCUGCAUGGUGGACAUCUCCACUAUUGACCUGACCCAGACGGUGCUAGGUCACCAGGUCAACAUGCCGAUCGGCGUGGCGCCGACGGGCAUGCAGGGGAUGGCGCACCCAGAAGGCGAGUGCGCCACCGCCAGGGCGGCGGAGGAGAUGGGGGCCGUCUUCAUCCUGAGCUGUGCGUCAAACAGCAGCAUGGAGGAAGUGGCCGAGGCGGCUCCACAUGCCACCAAGUGGUACCAGCUGUACCUGUGUAAGGACAGGGCGAUGACAGCGAGGAUGGUGCAGCGGGCGGAGCGGGCCGGCUUCUCGGCGCUCGUGCUCACCGUGGACGUGCCGCUGGUGGGCCGGAGACUGACCAUAUCCAAGAACGGAUUCCAGAUGCCGCCGCAACUCAGGCUGGCCAACUUUGCAUCAGAAUCAACGCAGGCCAAUCAGCGGGGGUCCCAACACAGCACCUACGAUCAGCUGUCGACCCUGUUCGACCCGUCACUGACGUGGGACGACCUCAGCUGGCUGUGCGGCGUCACCCGGCUGCCGGUGCUGGUCAAGGGCGUGAUGACGCCAGAGGACGCCGUCACCGCCGUCGACCGCGGCGCCAGCGGCGUCAUCGUCUCCAACCACGGCGGCCGCCAGCUGGACGGCUGUUUGGCGACGGUGGACGCGCUGGGCCCGGUGGUGGCCGCCGUCGGCCACCGUUGCCCCGUAUUCAUGGACGGCGGCGUGCGGCGCGGCACCGACGCGCUCAAGGCGCUGGCGCUGGGCGCGCGCAUGGUGUUCGUGGGCCGGCCGCUGCUCUGGGGCCUGGCGCACGACGGACAGCGCGGCGCCCGGCUGGCGCUGCAGCUGCUGCACAGCGAGCUCCGACUGGCCAUGGGACUCUGCGGUGAGAUCUACCACAGUAUUGGAGGGGAGCUGAUCAUGAGACUCUGCAGUGAACUUCUGUACCGGGCAGGAGGGGAGGUGACCAUGGGACUCUGCGCUGAGUUCUAGCACAGUACUGGAGGGAGCUGACCAUGGGACUCUGGUGAGCUAUAGCACAGCACUGAAGCGAGCUGGCCAUGGGACUCUGUGGUGAGCUAUAGCACAGCACUGAAGCGAGCUGGCCAUGGGACUCUGUGGUGAGCCGUAGCACAGCACUGAAGCGAGCUGGCCAUGGGACUCUGUGGUGAGCUAUAGCACAGCACUGAAGCGAGCUGGCCAUGGGACUCUGUGGUGAGCUAUAACACAGCACUGAAGCGAGCUGGCCAUGGGACUCUGUGGUGAGCUAAAGCACAGCACUGGAGGGAGCUGGCUAUGGGACUCUAGUGAGCUAUAGCAGAGUACUGAAGGGGAGCUAACCAUGUGACUCUGCUGUGAGUUAUAGCACAGGAAACCGUAAACUGGCAGCGAAUGGGAGCUGCUUGACUCACAGCCCACGUACUGACCAAUGCUGUAUUUUCCAGGCGUCACGAAGGUGGCUGAUGUAACCGAAAAGGUUCUCGAGAAAUCGGAGCGAUCGCACCUGUGACGCACGAGGCUCAAGAAGCGUUCAAAGUAACCGAAAAGGUUCUCGAGAAAGUCUAAGAAAAGAAAAGUCUUAAGAUAUGUACAGCAUUUUAUGGGACGGGAUAAUGGCAGACGAUUCGACAAUAAAACAGCGUCUCUCCAAACGUGUUUCAAAGCCAGCAUA